CCUGGAGAACAGGGAGAUGUUUUAAUUGCGGCAAUAAGGGCCACUGGGCGAAUGAUUGUCCUGAAAAGAAAGACAAGAUAAGUGUAUUUAAAAAUUUUGAAUGUACUAAUUUGUAUAAUAAUAUGAAAGAAUAUUAUAUUGGUCAAGCUGAAAAUUCAUUCAAUACAAAUGUAAACCAAUCAGAAGAUAAACAUACGAUAGAAAUUACUCAAUCGAAACCAAGUGUCACUGGUGAUCACUUUUUACUAGAAGUUGAUAUACCUGUCUCGCCAGUAGGUAAAUUGAGGUCAAAAUUACAUGAAUGGAAAGCUAUUACUACUAGUACACAUAUUAUUGAUGUUAUUGAAAACGGUUAUAAGUUACCGUUAAAAACGGAACCAGGGGUUAUACAUUUAAAAAAUAACAGAUCAUCUUUAAACAAUGCAAAAUUCGUUGUUGAAGAGAUUGACAAACUUCUUCAAAAAAGGUGCAUUUCUGAGAUUUAUUCUAAACCAACUGUAGUGAAUCCACUUACAGUAGCAUUUAAUAAAAAUAAACCAAGACUAGUACUAGAUUGUAGGCAUUUGAAUCCACAUCUGUUUAAAUUUAGGUAUAAGUACGAGGAUACUAAGAUAGCAAGAGAUCUCUUUCAAAAAGGAGAUUAUUUAUUUAGUUUUGAUAUUAGAUCUGCUUACCAUCAUUUGGAAAUCUCAGAUAUACACAGAACUUUUUUAGGUUUCGCUUGGAAUUUUGAUGGAAAUACGAGAUAUUUCGUAUUCAAUGUUCUUCCUUUUGGCAUUUCAACUGCAGGUUACAUAUUUACAAAAGUACUUAGAGAAGUAGUUAAGCAUUUGCGAUCAGAAGGCAAAAGGAUAAUAAUGUUUCUUGACGACGGUUUGGGUGGAGAUAGUAAUUUUGAAAAAUGCAUUGAGAGCAGUCAAAUGGUUAAAAAUAAACUAGAACAAUUGGGAUUUUUGAUUGCACAUGAGAAGUGUUUUUGGUUACCAAGCCAGAAAUUGAAAUGGCUAGGGUAUACGUGGGAUACAAAUAUAGGUAAAAUAUUUGUUAAUGAAGAUAGAAUUAUGAAAACUGAGAAAAAGAUUAGAUCUUUAAUAGAAGAAACAAACGAAGGGGUAGAUUUUUUUGGAUCUAGAUUUUUAGCUAGCAUUGUAGGUCAGUUGAUAUCUAUGCAGAUAGUCAUUGGUGACUUAGUCAGAUUGAACACUAGAUACCUUUAUGAUUGUAUCAUGAGUAGAGCAAGUUGGGAUGCACCAGUCAAGAUUUGUAAAAAAGCAAUUAAUGAAAUACAUUUUUGGUCUAUUUCAUUGCAAAAGCUCAAUAAUGCUGGAGUCGACAUUUGUAAAGUCGAUAAGCAUGAUAUUGUUGAUAUAGAAAUGUUUUGUGACGCCUCAGAUGUAGGCUUUGGUGGUUAUAUAACCACAGAUUUGAAUGCAAAACUUUUUUGCAAGGAAAUGUCCGAUUGGAACAAAAUGUCCAGGCUGCCAUAG